AUGCAACUAGGUGGUUAUGGCAGGGGUCAGUUAGCCAGCCCCACGCUGUCCGGGUGUGACCAUAACUGGACGUUCGGUGCGGGGAGACGUUUGCGUUUGCAGAAUCGCGCGACGACGGCUGCUACCAAAAUCUUCCGCCUUUUGGAUCGUGAAUCGGGCAUUGACCCAAGUAAGAAGACUGGAGAGGUGUCUUCAAUUUCCGGUCAUCUGGCGGCAGAAGGGUUGCGAUUUGAGUAUCCGUCGCGUCCGGACGUUCACGUUCUUCGAGGGGCAUCCAUUGAAGUAUCUCAGGGCCAAACGUUAGCAUUGGUUGGAGCUAGUGGAUGUGGAAAAUCUACGACUAUUGCCCUUUUGGAGCGAUUCUACGAUCCUCGCGAAGGGACUAUUCGAAUUGAUGAUACUGAAAUCCGAGAGUACAACCUGAAUCACCUGCGAUUCAACUUGGGUCUUGUUUCCCAAGAGCCUGAUCUUUUCAAUAGUAGUAUACGGGACAAUAUUGCCUACAGGCUGGACCACUCUGAUGGGACUCCGGUGACAGAUGACACGAUCAUAGCAGCUGCAAAGGCUGCCAAUGCUCACUCAUUCAUUUCAGAACUGGAAGACGGAUAUGACACUGUCGUUGGCGCACGGGGGGAAAGACUUUCAGGCGGGCAACGGCAGCGCGUGGCAAUCGCUCGAGCGCUUGUGCGAGAGCCCCGAAUCCUUCUACUGGACGAAGCAACUUCUGCACUCGAUGCGGUGUCGGAGCGAGUUGUACAAGACGCGUUGGACAAGGCAGAAGCAGAACGCACGACGGGUCGGAUUGUGGAAAGCGGAAAACAUGAACAGCUGCUGCGCAUUCCGAAUGGAGAGUAUGGGAACCUGGUUAAGAACCAGUUGACUGAAGCGACCUACGAAGAAUGA